AUGAAGACUACUUCCAUUGCACUCGCACUCGCGAGCACCCUUACUGGCGCAAACGCAUACUGGAAAGGUUUCAACUCCCAAGCUACCCUUGGAAACGGUGCUUGCAAGACCCAAGCCGAUUGGGAAAAUGAUUUCCGCAUGAUCCAAUCCUUCCCCGGCGGUUUCAACAGCUUGCGUGUCUACGCAUCCUCCGACUGCAAUACCAUCGCCAACGUCGUCCCUGCUGCUAUUGCCACCGGCGGAAAAGUCCUUGUCGGAGUUUGGACUGAAGAUGCUGGUCACUAUGAUGCCGAAAAGCAAGCUCUCUUGGCAGCUACCCGUACCUAUGGUUUCGACUGGAUGGUCGCUGUAUCAGUCGGCUCCGAGGACUUGUACCGAGGAGAUACUGACGCUUUUACAUUGUCGCAACAGAUAUAUGAUGUUAGAGGAAUGUUGAGCACUGUGCCCGGAUAUACUACGACUGGAGUACAAGUUGGACAUGUGGAUACAUGGACAAUGUGGACCAACGGAGCGAACGUGGAUGUUAUCAAGGCAUGUGACUUCAUCGGCUUGGACGGCUACCCAUACUUCCAAAACACGGAGGAAAACGACAUUGGUGUCGCAGAUGAUUUAUUCUGGCAAUCAGUAAACGCAGUCCGCGGAGCUGUUCAGAAUGUCGGAAGCAAUGCUCCGGUUUGGGUUACUGAGACCGGAUGGCCUACUGCGGGUGCUACGGAGAACGUAGCUGUUGCUUCUGUUGAAAAUGCUCAGACAUAUUGGAAACAGGUUGCUUGUUCGGCGGUUAACGAAGUUAACACUUUCUGGUAUAGUCUUCAGGACUUCAACGCCAUCCCAGCAUUCGGUGUUGUUGAUGGAAAUGGUAACCUUAAGUAUGACUUGAGCUGUUAA